AUGUUGAUAAUAUUAGAACAAAUCAAUAGACCAGCAGAACGUCGUUGCCCAUUUGCUAAAACUUCGAUUGAAGCAACAGAAUUGUUGUGUGAUUAUUGGGAUAUUAGCACCGGAUCAUUUUUUAGAUUAUGGAAUGAAAUGGAGGCGACAUCCGAUGAUUUCCCUAAAGUAUCAGCUCUUGUUCGUAGUCAACUUAAAUUUGCUCUUAAGGAUGAAGUUACCAAACAACUUUAUGAAUUUGAAAAGGAUAUGUUAGAAGUUGAAUAUAAAGUUAUCAGAGAUAGACAAUUAAAAGAAUUGGAACUUGGUGAUGACUUAUUAAGUAAAACUCCUGUCAGAAAUCUUCGUAGUAAAUUGUAUACAGAAUCAUAUGAAUUUGUUAAACAACAAAGAAUUAAAUGUUUAUUACGCGGAGAUUGCGGUAAUCGUAGGUCUUUGUCUAGUAAAAAAUGGAGAUUCUAUAGACUUAGUCCAAACGCUAAAUUUUUACAUUACUGCGAUUUUACUGAAAAAUCUUACAUUAGAGAAGGUAUAGAAGAUUUACCAGAAAGAAGACCUGAUACAACGUUAGCAGAUUUUUUAGCUGUAGAUAUGGUACAAUUUUCCGAGUGGACAGAUGGGUUUAAUAUGUUAUUUGAUAAAAAUAUUGGAUGUAAAGAUACAGCUGAAUUUAUACAAGUAUUGACUGAAAUAGGUGUUAAAGUGAAAUUACUAGAUUUAAGUGGUGAAAGGGUUGAAAUACCUCAAAGCGUUGAAGUUCCUGACGAAUUACCAAUCAUUGAUAAAAAUGGAAGUGGAUUCUAUUAUGACGAUCCAUUUGCUUAA